AUGCAUACGUGCCGUCCGCGCGGCGUGCACAGCAUCGCGCUUGUGCUGGCUCUCGCCAUCGCCUGGUUGCCUCAUGCUGACCAUGCCGCGGGAGCGGGCGGAGGUGGAAUGUUUGGUGACGUCAAUAUCUCAGCCAUUUUGGAUUCCCUAAGUGUAAGCUACGAUAAAAGAGUGAGGCCGAACUAUGGAGGACCGCCCGUGGAUGUGGGAGUCACCAUGUACGUGCUCUCCAUCAGCUCCCUAUCUGAAGUGAAAAUGGAUUUCACCCUGGAUUUCUACUUCAGACAGUUUUGGACAGACCCCAGGCUUGCUUACAAAAAAAGGACGGGUGUGGAGACACUUUCCGUCGGCUCAGAAUUUAUUAGAAACAUAUGGGUACCCGACACUUUCUUUGUUAACGAAAAACAGUCUUAUUUCCACAUCGCUACUACAAGCAACGAAUUCAUCCGCAUUCAUCAUUCUGGAUCUAUUACUAGGAGUAUAAGACUGACUAUCACCGCUUCUUGUCCAAUGGAUCUGCAAUACUUUCCGAUGGACCGUCAAUUAUGCAAUAUUGAAAUCGAAAGUUUCGGCUACACCAUGCGGGACAUCCGAUACAAGUGGAACGAGGGGCCCAACUCUGUGGGCGUGUCGAGCGAAGUGUCUCUGCCGCAAUUCAAGGUGCUGGGCCAUCGGCAGCGAGCCAUGGAGAUCUCUCUUACGACAGGAAACUAUUCACGACUGGCAUGCGAGAUUCAAUUUGUCCGUUCAAUGGGAUACUACUUAAUCCAAAUAUACAUUCCAUCUGGCCUAAUUGUAAUUAUAUCUUGGGUAUCAUUCUGGUUGAACCGAAAUGCGACACCUGCUAGGGUAUCACUAGGUGUUACCACCGUACUUACGAUGACUACGCUCAUGUCAUCCACGAAUGCCGCUCUGCCCAAAAUCUCAUAUGUCAAGUCUAUCGAUGUCUACUUGGGAACCUGCUUCGUCAUGGUCUUCGCCAGUCUUCUAGAAUAUGCUACCGUCGGCUAUAUGGCUAAAAGGAUACAGAUGAGGAAACAAAGAUUUACCGCUGUUCAGAAAAUGGCUGCUGAAAAGAAAAUGCAAAUAGACGGACCACCAGGUACAUCGGAGCCUUUACCACCACCGAGGACGAGUACGCUAACGAGACCACCACCACCGAGUAGAUCUUCAGAGGUCCGAUUUAAAGUUCAUGACCCGAAGGCGUAUUCCAAGGGCGGCACCUUAGAAAACACUAUCAAUGGAUCUCGAGGUCCCGCUGUACCUGCUGUACCUGUACCUGCUGGCCCGCAGCCUGAUGAAGAAGCUGGACCACCUCCGCACCUUAUUCAUGCUUCGAAGGGUAUCAACAAACUGCUCGGAACGACACCAUCGGACAUCGACAAGUACUCUCGCAUCGUGUUCCCCGUCUGCUUCGUUUGCUUUAACUUAAUGUACUGGAUCAUAUACCUCCAUGUUUCCGACGUUGUGGCCGACGACUUGGUACUACUAGGCGAAGAAAACUAA